UCUCGAACAAGUCGCAUAUAGUCCAAUCCAACCAUCUAAACAAUUUCUGGUCCUGGCGUUACCUUGCUUCUAGAAAAUGACAAGGUGUUUUAGCAUCACGGAGGCGAAGAACCGGUGCCAUAGAUCCACUUUCACCAAAUCUGGGCUCCGAUCCACCAUCACGGACCUCAAAGAUGGCACCGUAAUGCACUGUUGGAUUCCCAACUCACCAACAGACUCCAAACCCAAUCUCCUCCUCAUCCAUGGACUAGGGGCCAACGCAUUAUGGCAAUGGGGCGAUGUCAUCCGGCACUUCACUCCUCACUUCAACGUCUACGUCCCGGACUUGGUCUUCUUCGGCGAGUCCUUCACAACUCGGCCGGAGCGGACUGAGUCGUUCCAGGCACAGUGUGUGAUGCGAGUUAUGGAGGCCAAUUCAGUACGGAAGCUGAGUUUAAUUGGGCUUAGUUAUGGCGGGUUUGUUGGGUACAGUAUUGCGGCGAUGUAUACGGAGGUUGUAGAGAGAGUGGUGAUUUGCUGCUCCGGUAUUUGCAUGGAAGAUAAGGAUUUGGUAGAAGGGGUUUUUGCAGUUUCGGAUUUGGAGGAAGCUGCUAGUAUUUUGGUGCCAUUAAGAGCAAAGAAGCUUAGAGAGUUAGUGGGCUAUACGUUUAAUAGGCCUCCUCCCGUUGGGUUAAUCCCUGAUUGCUUCCUCGUUGAUUUCAUAGAUGCAAUGUGCAGAGAUUAUGUGGAAGAGAAGAAAGAAUUGAUAAGAGCCAUUCCUAAAAAUAGAAAGCUUUCAAACAUUCCCAAGAUAACUCAGCCAACAUUGAUAGUCUGGGGAGAAAACGAUCGAAUAUUUCCUUUGGAACUGGGUCACAGAUUAAAAAGGCAUUUAGGGGAUAAUGCCCAUCUGGCAGUCAUCAAGAAUGCAGGGCACGCCUUCAACGUAGAGAAGCCAAAGGAAUUCAUCAAGCUAUUGAAAGCAUUCCUGGUUGAUUUGCGAGUUCCUCCAGAAACAAACCAGCUUCAAGUUUCCAAAACAUCAUAUGAUAUAUCGGAGGAUAAAGAAGCACAGGCAACAAGCUCCUGAAUACACCAGUUCUUGUGUCCUAACCUACGCAUUCAUGCCUGUGUUUUAACAGUGCAUUCAAAAUGUAAUUGUGGAUUUUCAAUUUAUCUGUGCCUCUAAUCUAUGCUUUGAAAAUAAUGACACCAAACUUUAAAAAAAAAAAAAAA